GGUCGCUGAAGCGAAGCUUUUUUACGCAUCUAAGAGUAAUAUCGUGAAUUUCCAGAUGUCUUUAAGCGUGCCGAAUAUCAAGUUCAACAAUGGCAAUGUUAUUCCGGCAUUCGGCUUGGGCACAUGGAAGUCAAAGCCUGGCGAGGUGACCGAAGCCGUGAAGUACGCGAUCGACAUUGGAUAUCGGCACUUUGAUUGCGCUUACGUCUAUGGCAACCAGAAGGAAAUUGGCAUUGCCAUCAAGGAUAAGAUCGCCGAGGGCGUCAUCAAACGCGAGGAUCUCUUCAUUACGAGCAAACUAUGGAAUACCUUCCACAAGAGAAAUGCUGUCGAGAGCCACUUGCAAAGUACCCUGGACGAGCUGGGACUCGAGUAUCUUGAUCUUUAUCUCAUACACUGGCCGAUAGCCUUCAAAGAAGGAUCCGAACUCUUCCCCACCGACUCGGACGGCACCCUACAACUCGAUAACGACGCGGACUACGUCGAAACGUGGAAGGGCAUGGAGAGUGUGUUGGCGAAAUACCUUACGGUGAACAUCGGAGUCAGCAACUUUAAUUCGGAACAGAUCGAUCGGAUUAUCAAUUGCUGUGACGUCAAGCCCGUAACGAACCAGGUUGAAAGCCAUCCAUAUUUAAAUCAAGAGAAACUGUCAGAGUUUUGUCGGAAAAGGGGAAUUGUUAUCACCGCUUAUAGUCCAUUUGGCUCUCCGGACAGACCAUGGGCCAAGCCAGAUGAUCCAAAACUAUUGGAGGAUAAGAAAUUACUGGAAUUAAGCAAGAAAUAUAAUAAGACACCGGCUCAAAUCCUCGUUCGUUAUCAACUUGAUCAGGGAUGUGUUGUGAUUCCCAAAUCGGUGACAAAAUCACGCAUACUGGAGAACAGUCAGGUCUUUGAUUUCAAAUUAUCGGAAGCUGAUAUUACUUAUGUCAAGGAUUCAUUUAACUGUAAUGGUAGAAUUUGUGCAAUGGAAGGGAGCAUUGCGAGUGCGUACUAUCCAUUCAGCAUUCCAUUCUAAUAAUUUAGUUAAAAAAUUUUAUAAACCACAUAAGAUAUUCUAUGAAAUUAAU